CAUGAACAUACGUCGCCGAACUACAACAGGAGAACAUAUUAUUUCACAUUUAAGUUGAAUUUCGUGAGACGAUCGUGGUAGUAUUUAUUAUAAAUGUCAAUCAAAAGGAAAUUUGGUGAAAUUACUUGUAAUGAUUUGGAAGACGAAAAAGAUGUGUCUUGGGGAGGCAAACGAACUAGGUACAUUUACAACUAUACUUUUGAGUCUUCUGAUUCAGAUGCCACCGAGAGUGUACAUAGUGAUCAAUCAAAAACUACAAUGGAAGCAGCUAGUGAAGCAGAUCUUUCAUCAGACAGAAGUUUUGGAAGCAACUGUGACAGUAAUGGCCAAACAAAUCAUACCGAAUUCGAUGUGGUCAGCACAUCAUCGUCUUGCCAUGAUAUUCAAUCUAGUUCUUCAGAUUCCUCAACAUUAAUAGAUUUUAAGGUUACCAAUAAUAUUAUUAAAUAUGAUGAUACGUCUUCACUAGAUAACGGAUACAUUCCUGAUGAGACUGACGUAAUAUUAACAACUACAAAAACAGAUUUGCCACCACCAGCUCAUUUUAUAAUAUGUCUUCAGUGCAGAAAGAAAAAUCCAAAUCCACACUUUCAAUACUGUUAUGUUUGUUUUCGAUAUAGGAUGGAAUAUUUUGGGAGUUUGACUAAUUCCAAUAGAAAAAAUGUCAAACAUUUAAACUUGUCCAUGCCAAAAAAAGAAUUCAACAUACUUGAAGAUUCUCAGAAAGCCUCUAAACAGGGUGUUACAACACAAAUAACAAUUAAAGAAGACACCAUCACUAAAAUGAAUGAAGAUAUAAAACAUAUUUAUAACAGUAUCUCUCUAAUAAAAGAAUAUAACACUAACAUGUGUAACAUAUGUUUAAAUAUGCCUAAAAAUGGGGUUUUUAAUCACCAAAAAAUAAGCCAUGUGUAUAGUUGUUAUGGAUGCGCUAAAAAAAUAUGGAGAAAUUCAAAUAGAUGUCCUGUCUGCAAUGUUAAAAUUAAAAGUGUAACGAAAAUU